UCUUCGCUUACUGCAAAUCCGCAGAAGCAGCUGCCCGCGGACAUUUGAAGACAUUUUAAAAGCGGUAAAAAUACACACUAGAGUGCGCGAUUUUGAUAUUUCGUUUGAAAUGGCUGGCAAAAUGAAAGUUGCGGAUGACUGUAGCUAUAAAACAUACUCUGUUUGCGAGAGUGCCGCUGAUAGCAGCAGCAGCAGAGUGGAGGAAGACGGAGAAAGCGACGGGCCAGCGGUGUUUAUGUGCGGCAAAUGCAAGCUGCCCAUCGGCGACAGUCUGUCCUGGGGAGGCAGUGACGACGAGCAGAACCAAAUCAUGCUCAAACGAAUCACUGACAAUGUUGUCAUAGACAAAGAACCCUUUGUGUCUGGUACCCGAAAGGAGCUUGGAUGCCUUGUUGUGAAUCUCACCUGCCGUGGCUGUUGCUCAGAAUUAGGAAUUAUGUACAUAUCAACCCCAAAAAAGCUUGAUUACAAGAGAUCUCUUUUCUGCUUUAAUGUUGAAAAUAUUGAAAGCUAUGUAGUCGGCAGUCCAGGCAAACAGGUGCCAGAAUUAGACAAAGACAAACCAGUGACCCUGGAGUACCAGAGCAUUGUAGAACAGCAGAUGACCGAGAUCAAAUCUCUAGCUGUGAUAAUAGGACAACGCCUACUGGAGAUUGAAAAUAACCUCCAGUGCAAUUCUGGAAAAUGAUAUGAGCUGUCUGUUUUAUGACUGACGGUAAUAAAACCGUGUGUCUGUUGUAAAUAAGGUUUUUGGUCUCUUUAGUGUAAAAUAAUUUUGUCAGGACAGUUAUGUAUUUACUGUACAGUUGUAUUCAAGUGACACAUCUGUACCGUUUCCUACCUUUUAUUAAUCUCAAGGUCCACUAAUUAAGAGAUGUCAUUAGAAAUAGGUACAUAGAUAUUACAACAUAACAUUGUAUUAUUCUUUAAAAGUUGCUGUACUGUUUGUUCGAAAACACUCUUACUGGAGAAUGUUUGUUUGCAUCUCAUGUUUUGUCAGGUGUGAUCCUUGUUUUGUGAUGAUAGUAUUUAUAAGAUGGAUACACACGGUGAACAUGCACAAUAAAUAUAAUGGGAAAGCAAA